AUGGGGAGAGCUGGGGGUGACCGGCGGCUCUGCAGGAGCCGGGAGGGGGGGUUGUUGUCGCCACUCCCUGGGACGAAGCGGGAUUCGCAGCUGGGGAGCUCCCGCGUUGCUCGGUGCGCGGCUGACCCCCCCCCGCCCCGGGCUGACCCCCCCCUUCCCGGCCAGGGGACGGUGGUGGUGGAGCGAUGGUGGCAGGUCCCGCUCAGCAAAGAGGGGCGGCAGCCCCGCCUGCACCCCCGCAGGCACCGCAUCUACAGGCUGGUGGAGGACACCAAGCACCUGCCCAAGACGAAUUUGGAGCUGAUCCUCACCCAGUCGGUGGAGAAUUUGGGGAACCGGGGAGACGUGGUCAGUGUGAAGAAAUCGGUGGGUCGUAAUAAGCUCCUGCCCCAGGGGCUGGCUGUCUACGCCUCGCCGGAGAACAGGAAGAUGUUUGAGGAGGAGAAGAAGUUGCGCCAAGAAGGGAAGCUGGAGGUACUCCAAACCCAGAGUGGGGAGAAGACCAUCAAGUUCCUCAAGAGCUGCCGCCUUGAGGUGGGCAUGAAAAACAAUGUCAAGUGGGAGCUGAACAACGAAAUCGUGGCUCGCCACUUCUUCAAAAACCUGCGGGUUUUUGUGCCUCCCCAUGCGCUGAAGCUGCCAGAGGAGCCCAUCACCAGGUGGGGCGAGUACUGGUGCGACGUGACGGUGAAUGGGCUGGAGACGGUGCGGGUGCCCAUGUCCGUGGUGAAGUUCCUGCGGCCCAAGACCAAGCGCUACAAGCACUGGCUGGCGCAGCAGCAGGCCCAGCUGGCGGCACGGAGGGAGGCACUGCUCUGAGCCCGGGGUGGGGGCCCUACCAGCCCCCCUGGACCCCAGUUUGCUACCGGGCACCGCUCCUGGCCUCCCCAGCUCCUCCUGGAUCUGGCCUGGCAGCUCUGGCUGGGUGAAGUACGCUGCAGGGGGGUGGGCAGAGGGGUGAGUGGGAGG